CCAUCUCGGCGGGUGAAUUUGUCGGUACCGACGAAGUGCUUGUCAGUUUCGUGGUUGUUGGGAUUGCUUCCAAUUAUACAAGAAUGAUGUGCUACGUUUUGUGACGGAUGGAUUGAUUGCCUUGGACAUGUGCCGCCAUCUCGAUCAACAGGGUCGUCAUCAUCGCCGCAGCUGCGCAAGACCUUGCUCUGACCGCUGAUUAUUGGGUGGAUCGUCCUCGCUCUCCUUCUUUCUGUCUCUCUUUCGUUAGCUUAUGACGUGUGAUUUGUUGGUGUGAUCUAGCAGAGAGGAAAAGGAAGUGGUGGUCCUUGCAGGCGGGCUAACAAGUAGGGGAAGAUGGCUACUCCUAGUGCUGUGCUGGCCGUGAUGCGCGCGUCGAGACCGCGUUUCAGGAACCUCCAAGAUCGGGUCGCAUUUGUCGUUCAUGCGACGAUGCUUGUGUCGGGAUACAGACCUGUGGCGAUGGGCCGUGCAGCUGAAAGGGAGGUGCAACCCCCGAGCCAACAGGGAGACGAGGUCGAGGAGGAGGUGGGCGAAGAGGGCUGGAACGAACUUCCUGAUUCCUAUGCCUUUCGGUAUGUGAUCGAUGGCAGCGGAGACGGUGGAGGGAACAAGACGUCAACAGGCAAGAGGCGGGUGGUCGUGAAGUGUCUGGCUAUGGGGGACCUGCUGCUGGUGGACGCCAUUGAUCGUGCCGCAGACAGUGGAGAGCCUGUUCAUUUGGAGGUCAAGGUUUCUGAUUCCGCAGUCGAAUCCGGUUCGUCUAAUUACGGUGAUCAUUACAAAGACUUACCUAGUUUGGUAAAGAAGGUGGAGACUUCGAUUGUGUCGGCACUGUCUGGGGGCGGCGGGACAAGAGGACCAGCAGGGGGAAACAGAGGUCGUACACGCGGCGUGCAGAUGCAAGCUGAGCGACGUCAGGAUGUGGGAGAAGCACCUGGUCGUCAUCCCGCACCUGGUUCCAUUGUCCCACCUGUGGCUGGUGAUCCCCUUCGGGGGGAUGACCCUCUGCGCGACCCCCUUCGUGAACCUUUGCGCGUGGGCGGGGUGUAUCGCCCAGGCUAUGGAGAAGAUUUGUACCCUACCGGAGGGGCAGGGAUUUUGCCUGGAGGGCCUGGGGGUUUCGCUGGCGGUGGCAUUCUGGGCCCAGGAGGUUUCCCGGGGUCGGGUGGUGGUAUGCUUCUUGGUCCCAAUGACCCGCGAUGGGGCUCCUACGUUGAAGGUGGGAGAGGAGGUGGAGGAGGAUUUGGUGCUUUUCCCCCUGGUGGAAGGGGAGGUGUCCCACCAGGCCUUCCACCUGGUGCUAGAUUCGAUCCUUUUGGACCCCCUGGUGUUCCUGGAUUCGAACCAAAUCGCUUUAUGGGGGGGGGGGGAGGUGGCCGUCCCUCUUCUGUCAGACCUCCACAUCCGGAUCUUGAGCACUUUCAACCCCCGUUCUAGCUUUUCUCUAUUCCCCUGCGUCUCUUCUAUCUUCCUCGUCUUCUCCUUUACCGCCUAACUAACCUCGGCUUUCUUCCUGUUCCUUCUUUUUCCCUCUCCUCCUCGCCCUUCCACCCACUCUGUUGUCCAUAUCUCAAUCCCGGAGCAAGUCUCUACGCGCUUUUUGCGCGGGCUUUCUGUAACAAGAGUAGUCGGAGAACCUUCUUCAUCAAUCAAUGUUUGUAGUUCUUCUCUUCCUGGCGACGAGGAGGUGUGUGCGGCAAUCACACGUUAGGGUUACUUGGAAGGAUGGUGUUGGAUACAUGUAGAAAACUUGUGUUAGGUCUAUCCGUUGGAUGCUCUGAGAGGUACAUAGCCCUGCAGACAAACAGAAGUUCUCCGUAUUCUGGCGAGGUCUGCGUAUGUGUACAUGCAAUUGUAUGUUAGGGUCUGAGGUGACAUGUAGGAAAGGCGUUAGCGUGUCUCCGUUCGAGGCUCGGAAAUGCGCAGUCGCGCGCACACGCACACACACACACACACACACAGAGAGAGAGAGAGAGAGAGAGAGAGAGAGAGAGAGAGAGAGAGAGAGAGAGAGAGAGAGAGAGAGAGAGAGAUGUGGCUAACGAGCCGAAACUAUGUGCAGGUGAUAUUGGAGGGUCAAAGGCCGUAUAUGAACUCGUGACGGUAAAAUCUACUGUCCUUGGUUGUGAUGCAUGUGAUAUGACGCAAGGCAGAGGUGUGGAAGUCUCACGCAACGAUGAGAUUGUAUAUAGAACUGGAUAACAGGACCAGACUGUGAAAAAUAAAGAAGUGAUAGGGGAAGAAUUCUUCCCGUCUUGACAAGGGAGAAGGCAUCAGCGGGGUAGAGAGAGAGAGAGAGAGAGAGAGAGAGAGAGAGAGAGAGAGAGAGAGAGAGAGAGAGAGAGAGAGAGAGAGAGAGAGAGCUUGUCGUCAUGGUUUGACGUGUAAAGAUAUGACGUCAUGUUGGUCAGCGUAAAUUUGCGCGACAGUGUUCGAUGGAUCUGAUGGGAAAGAGGUGUGGUGAGUGAAUGCACUCAGUGGAAAACUCGGCUUGCAUAUGGUGAGGGAGUCUCUCGCUCUCCAGGGUUCUGACUCACACAGUUCAGUCCUCGUGUCGGGAAUAAUAUUAGUCGUCAUCUAUGUAUAUCAAUGAUUCCCAUGCUUCCCUUCUUCCUUCUGCGAACUGUCCAGUGCAUUAUUGCAUGUAUGGCUUCAGACCCAGCGCUGCAAUGGUCACGUCAUGUCUGUGGUUAAUUAAUCGAUCAAUCGAUCAAUCAAUCAAGCAUUCUAGC